AUGCUAAAACAUACUUCUCCGCAUGAGCCUAUGGCUGCAAAGACGCCCAACGGCGCUCAGCAGGAACAUACUUCUCCACAGGAACCUGUAGCUGCAAAGACUCCAGACGGCACCGGAGUCGUUGAUUUGGAUCCGUGGCUCGAGCCGUUCAAGGACGCUCUGAGAAGUAGAUACAAAAGGACAACAGACUGGAUCAAGAAGAUCGACGAGACCGAGGGCGGACUAGAGAAGUUCAGCAAGGUGAAUGCUCGUGAAGUCGUCUGGGCUGAUCAAUAUAUACAGGGCUACGAGAAGUUUGGCUUUAAUGUUAAGAGCAAUGGCGAUAUCACGUAUCGAGAAUGGGCCCCCAACGCGGUUGCGGCGCACCUCAUCGGCGAUUUUAACAAAUGGGAUCGAACUGCGACGCCGCUGAAGAAGGAUGACUUUGGCGUCUGGGAAGGUAUCCUUCCGUCAAAAGAUGGACAGCUUGCAAUUCCACAUAAUAGCAAAGUUAAGAUUACAAUGACCACGCCAUCUGGAGAGCAAAUUGACAGGAUACCAACUUGGACGACUAGAGUCACUCAGGAUCUCAGUGUCUCCCCACUCUAUGAUAAUGUAUUCUGGCACCCACCCAAGGAGGAGCGAUACACGUUCAAACACACCGCUCCUCCAAAGCCAGAGUCACUUCGAAUCUAUGAGGCGCAUGUGGGGAUAUCAUCCCCCAAGACGGAGGUUGCAACGUAUGAGAAUUUCACCAAGGUGAUGCUCCCCCGUAUCAAAUACCUGGGGUAUAAUGCCAUUCAGCUCAUGGCAAUCAUGGAGCAUGCAUACUAUGCAAGCUUUGGCUACCAAGUCAACAACUUUUUCGCCGCAAGCAGUCGUUAUGGUACCCCAGAAGGCUUGAAGGAGUUGAUAGACACGGCUCAUAGCAUGGGUAUCGUGGUUCUCCUUGACGUGGUACACAGCCACGCGUCCAAGAACGUGUUGGAUGGCCUCAACAUGUUUGAUGGGACCGAUCACCUCUACUUCCACGCGGGAGGAAAGGGUAAUCAUGAUCUCUGGGACAGCCGUCUCUUCAAUUAUGGAAGCCAUGAAGUUUUGAGGUUCCUUCUAAGCAACCUGAGAUUCUGGAUGGAGGAGUAUCAAUUUGAUGGCUUCCGAUUUGACGGGGUCACAAGCAUGCUGUACACUCAUCAUGGAAUCGGAACUGGAUUUUCCGGUGGAUACCAUGAAUACUUUGGUCCGUCCGUUGACGACGAAGGGAUCACUUAUCUCAGCAUAGCUAAUGAGAUGCUCCAUCAAAUCUAUCCAAACUGCAUCACGGUCGCAGAGGACGUCUCUGGAAUGCCUGCGCUGUGCUUGCCCCUAGCACUAGGAGGUGUCGGGUUCGAUUACCGCCUGGCCAUGGCAGUCCCGGACAUGUAUAUCAAACUGCUGAAGGAGAAGACUGAUGAAGAGUGGGAUAUGGCCAACUUGGCAUUCACGCUUACCAACCGCAGACAUGGCGAGAAGGCAAUCGCAUAUGCUGAAAGUCAUGACCAGGCGCUCGUCGGGGACAAGACAUUGAUGAUGUGGCUUUGUGACAAGGAGAUGUACACAAACAUGUCUGUCUUGACCGAGCUGACUCCCGCCAUCGAACGUGGUAUGAGCCUGCACAAGAUGAUCCGGCUGGUCACACACGGCCUGGGAGGAGAAGGCUACCUCAACUUCGAGGGCAACGAGUUCGGCCACCCCGAAUGGCUCGAUUUCCCUCGUGAAGGCAACAACAACAGCUUCUGGUAUGCGAGAAGACAGCUGAAUCUGACAGAAGAUGACCUCCUUCGAUACAAGUUCCUGAACGAGUUCGACAGGAAGAUGCAGCUCACUGAAGAAAAGUAUGCCUGGCUUCGUUCGCCACAGGCGUACGUUAGCCUCAAGAACGAGAAAGACAAGGUCCUGGUGUUUGAAAGGGCCGGACUACUCUGGGUGUUCAACUUCCAUCCUUCCAGCAGCUUCACUGCCUACCGCGUGGGCGUUGAACAAGCAGGUACGUAUCGCAUCGUCAUUGACACGGACGACAGCGAGUUUGGAGGAUUCAACCGCAACGCCAGAGGAACGAGGUUCUUUACCACGGAUAUGGAGUGGAACGGGCGUAAAAACUAUGCAGAACUGUAUCUCCCGACGAGAACAGCCCUGGUUCUCGCCCUCGAAGACACUCUGUAG